AUGGAAGGAAAGGCACCACCUCCAUUCAAAAGACCCACAUUUCCUACUUGGGACCGAAGCACCUGCCCCAAGCCAAGACAACACUUCGUCUACAUCAAGACGCACAAGACAGGCAGCACGACUUGCGUCAACAUCUUCCAAAAGUACGCCUACUACCAUAACCUCACCGCGCUGAUGGCAAAAGCGACGGGUUACGUCUCAUGGCCGUUCCCUCCUGCUGAAACGGAUCAUAUCCACGCGCCAGGGGAGCGCUAUGACGUCCAGUUUGGCCACUUUAGGUACAACAAAACGUGGCUACGGGCCAAGUUUCCCACCAACACUGCCUACAUCUCACUCCUGAGAGAGCCUGUAAGCCACCUGAAGUCGUGUAUGAACUUUUACAGUCUUCCUGACCUUCUGAAGAUCACAUCUGCAAACCCCGUCAAGACUUUCCUGCAGGACCCUUGGAAGUACAAAAACCUGUCGGAGGUUCACUUUGACUAUUGUGACGUCAUCUGGGACGGUACCAGAAACCACCUGGCCUUCGACUUGGGCUACCCGACGGAAGGAGCGGAUGAUAUGGAAAAAGCUGAGCGGUACAUCAAAGAACUAGAAUACGACUUCACCCUAGUCCUGCUCCUGGAACAUCUGGACGAGUCUUUAGUUCUUCUAAGACGUCUUAUGUGCUGGGAGAUGCAAGACAUCUUGUACGACAAGACACCGAGUAACAACGCAGACUACGCGUAUAAAUCGUACACCCCCACCGCUCAGGAGCUAGCCAACCUGCGCCGGUGGAAGGCCGUGGACUAUUUACUGUACGACACGUUUAACAAGUCCUUGUGGCGGAAGAUAGCAAUACAGGGUCCAGAUUUCUACCAGGAGCUUCGCUACUUUAAGAAACUCAGAGAGGAUGUCAACUUGUACUGCCAUGAGAACCACACCUUGCCGAACCUCACACUCACAGUGGAAGCUUCCAAAUGGAGUCAACAGUUUGUCGUGGAUGCCAAGUAUUGCUGGGCAUUAAAAAAGGACUCAGUGAUCCCGAAAAUAAAACCGAUGUCGUCAGUGUCCAAGCAAGAGGCGAAGCGAUGGAAAAUUGUCCGUCCUGCUUCUAACCUGCGUGCUAUCAUCAACGGGCAGCCGACCUUUAAAUACGAGAUCGAGUUGAGGAGUUAUGAAAACAAAAUGAGAACGAAAACAAAGCCUUUAAAACGAACAAACAGGAACAGAAUGCCUACAAAAGAGGGCCGUGGAAACAAGAACUAA